UGACUUUAGCCAAGAAUAAACAAUCUCGCUCGCUGUGAAGUCGAGACGACAGAGUGAGUGUUCCAUUGAUUGAUAGAUCUCUCUGACCAUGAGCCUUACCUUGCUCGGGCGCACCUUGGGGCGGGCCAGGACCCUCGCCCACCCCUCCAUCCGACCUUUGAGCGUAUCGGCCUCGGUGGAGGCUGUGGCCCGUGAUUCGGUGCACACGGGUCAGCGCUUUGAUCCGGAUGAUUUUCGCAAUGUGCGCUUCGCCAACCGCCCCAAGGAGGUGAACCCGCAAUGGGCCAUCGACCUGGUGCAAGAGGAGCCUAUCCGGAUGACGGAUCAGGCCAUCGUCUCCUGCGAUGGUGGUGGAGGUGCAUUGGGCCAUCCCCGAGUCUACAUCAAUGUGGAGGAUGGCCAGCCCCAUGCGUGUAUCUAUUGUGGGAUCAGAUUCCAGAUGAAACCCCAUUAACCAUGAGUGGCGUGGGCUGGCUGGGAUUAAUACGACGAUAUAUACAAACAUGCAUACCUUCAGGCCGAUAUAGACUUCCACCUCGUCAGAGGGAUGGCUCAUCUUUAGAUUGUCCUUUGGGACGAAAAGUGCAGACAGAAUAUACUGUACCAAUUUGAA